AUGGUCAAGAUCCCCGAUAGCUUUACCCAGGCUAUUCUGAAAGAGCAAGACAGAUAUGAAGGCAAGUAUAUCGACGAGAACAUCGUUGCCGCAUUACCAAAGGGCGCAAGCAUAGACCUAGUCCGCACGAUAGGUGCAACGCACUGGUCGAUACUAACCAAGAUCGACACUACCAUCGCCAGCAAACCACAGUCCUUCUUCUUGAAAGAGUACCGCGAUGCAAAUGCGAAACACAUGGUCAAAGCCGAGUACGAGUCAACAGCUGCUUUGUACGCCGCGGUACCGAACCACGUGCCUCGACCAUAUGCAUCUGGUUGUUUCGCAUCAGACUCGCAGCGCUUCUUCUAUCUCCAGUCUUAUUGCGAUAUGGAAGAUGCGCCUGUGUACGCGGAGAAGGUCUUGACCGCAUCUAUGAAGCCGUUUGUCGAGGAAUUUAUCGGCGUACUGGCUGAAGUGCACAGUAAUGAGUCGCCAACAGGGAAGUUCGGGUUUCAUAUCGACAGGAAACGUCGUUAA